CCCUUUCAUAAAAUAUAAAAAUCAUGGGGAAGAAACUCAUCAGUCAAAUAGCCUCCACAAAAAUAUCUAAGAAUGAAAAGAAAAACCUCAACAGUUUGAUCAAGAUUUUGAAGCCUAAAGUUUACAUCACAGAUGCAUCAAACUUCAAGAGGCUGGUGCAAGAUUUGACCGGCAACCGGGAUUCCAUCAUGCCUAGUUAUUAUGUCCCUCCAUCAAUCCCGAAACCAGUCAUCAGCAGCAGGCAAGUUCCUGCUGUUGUUGUAGAUAUUGAUGAUGAAGACGAUGAUCAUCACCGUCAUGAUCAUGCAACACCUUAUCGAGAACACAGCUUUGAUUCAUCGGUCGAAUCAUCGGAAGCUAGCAUGCUGACAUCUUUUAAUACUAGUCCAGCAGAAAGUCCACAGGAGUUGGAUGCAACAUUGUUUGAAAGGGAUUUGGCAAGCCAUAAGGCGGUGGAUUUACCGGUAUAUGGGGAUAUAGAGUCAUGGCUUAUGGAGAUUGAUUCUUAUAAUUAUCAACUUAGUAAUAGUACUAUUCCUGCGUAUCACCAACAGGUUGGUGGUGAUCAUCUCCAUGACUACAACAACUAUGAUUUCUCCGAACUGAUGAUAUGAUCCUCAUGAAUUCAUGAUCAUAGACUUCUUUAGUUCUUUGUCUCACUCGGAUUUAUGGGACUAAUUAAUUCUCUGGCUUUUGGCUUGUUGAUGUAAAUUUCUUGUCGAUGGUUUAAGGGAGAGGGUGUUACUCUUGUAUAUCAUAUGGUGCUAUGAUUUCGGGUGAGUGAAAAUAAUUAAUCAGAUAUUGUAUACUUUGUAGGAUGUUCAUAUAUAUAUAUAUAUAUAUAU